UUUCCCCAGACCACGCCCCGCAGGGGUCCGGGCCACUCCGAGCAGCGAUAACGGGGAGAGCUUAUUCCGCUGUCACCGCGCCAUGCAGGGGCUGGGGAAGCCGCGUCGUUAUCGUGUGACGCGCUCGAAAACGCAGCAUUAAUUCACGCUCCAAGCAACAGGCUGCCGGUGCCGGGAUCUAUCUGCUCGUCUUUUCCUUCUUCCAUUGGACUUCAGCGCUUUUUUGAUCUAAGGACAAGCUGGGCGUGAUCGUCACGAACGGGGUGCGUUUUUGAUGGCUGCUAGGUCAGGCUGGACUUCUCCACAGAGAUCUUCAGAAAUAAGGAAGGGUCUGCUUGCAUAACCUUUUUUUUUUUUUUAACAGAAGGAAAAGUGCCUUUUUCUCACCUCUUCUGUUUGGAUUUCUUUUUGAACUUAUGAAAAAUGGCAACGGCAGCAUACGUGGAUCAUUUUGCAGCAGAAUGCCUUGUUUCUAUGUCCAGUCGUGCUAUUAUCCAUAGUCCCAAAGGGGAGACUGAUCCCCAGCCUGAUGUCACAAUGUGUCCUUCGUCGAAUGGAGAGGAGAAGUGGGAAGUCAGAGAGACUGGGAAGGACAAUGGAUCGUCGCUGAUGGUGGUAGCCAGCAUUUUAGCAGAUCUGAACCAGCACGUCCCAAACUCACCCGCUCUCAAAAGGGAAAAAACAGAGACCUUUGAUAUCACAGAAAAAAUACACAUUUCUAUCACUCCUAAGGAGUUUGGGGAAGAAAGUGUGUCUUCGGCUAGUAAGCGUGGAGGAGGAAAAGCAACCACACCUACUAGCCUGGCUGCAGUAACUGAGCCAAGCCCAAGACAAAAGAACAAACGCGGGAGAAGCUGGACUGACCCUGGAUCACCCCAGAAAAAGCACAAAUGCCACUAUGUGGGGUGUGAAAAAGUUUAUGGCAAAUCUUCCCAUCUUAAAGCUCAUCUAAGGACCCACACAGGUGAGCGGCCUUUUGAAUGCAGCUGGCAGGAAUGCAACAAGAAGUUUGCUCGCUCUGAUGAACUGGCCCGCCAUUACCGCACUCACACUGGAGAAAAGAAGUUCAGCUGCCCUCUCUGCGAGAAACGCUUCAUGCGCAGCGACCAUCUGACCAAACACGCCCGCCGCCAUGCCAACUUCCACCCGAGCAUGCUCAAGAGACGAAGUGGGAGUAAUUCAAGAACAGGGUCUGUCAGUGACUACAGCCGCUCAGAUGCCUCAAGUCCAACGAUGAGCCCUGCCAGCUCCCCGUAGACCUACCUGCACUGGAUGUCAGCACUUUGCCUCUAAUACCUAACGCGGAGUUCUGUUUGUGUUGCACACAUUUUAAAGAUCCUAUCGCUUUCCCUCCUCAAUUUUUCCCUGACCCCUACUUUUUAUAUAUAUAUAUAUAUAUAUAAAAUCAGUAAAUAGCUGCCUCCCACUGCAAUUUUCAGUCACAUUUUCUUCACCCAACCACACAGCGGCCAUUCUAACCUCAUGGACGUAGUGACGGACUUACAUGUUCCACUUAGUGACUCCUGCUGUCUCAAUAUUUCAUACGUUUUACAACCACAAACAGAUCCUCUUGAUUAUUCUUUAUAAGAAAAUGAGAAAAUCUAAAAAAGAAAAAAAAAAAUUAAUUCACCUCAGGUGUCAAAAGUAGUUUUGUAAGACCAGAUUGCACAACAUGAACAUACAUAACACUUACAAAUCAACUGUGUUGGAUGGUGUCCCCCUUCUCCUUUCUCAGGGAUGGAUAUUUAUGUUACACAAUAACUACAAUGAAGACACACCCUAACCGCAGCCUUAUUCUGUAAAUAGAUUUGCACUCAGAAGCUUUUUGUUAGGUCCUUUCACACACUGGGGAAAAAAAAAAACAGACAAUACAAAAACCAAACCAGUACUGGAAUGUAGUACCAGACUCUUCUGUUGUUUGUAUUCCUGGCUAUACAUCUGCACCGGGGAGCAUCUAAAAAGGAUCUUCUUUCUUGAAACUGCCCUCUGCUUUUGACAGCAAGCUACCUUCUCGUGCCACGAUGAAGAGGCUCCCAAACCAACUUCCUAUUCCAAAAAUCUCCAUGAAAUUGAUAAACUACUAAUUAUUUUUGUUUUAUGCCAGAUAAAAUUCUGAGCAAAUAAUUCUAAACAAGAUGCCUUAAGUAAAUAAUGUAAAUCAUGAGGAAACGCGUUUACACUGGGUAACACUGUAUUACAAAGUGACACGGAAUCUCAGAGGCAUUCUUUUUUCUCCAAGUUCUUAAGCUCUCCGCACUGUGGAGCAGCAGGGACCAGCAGAACACUCAAACCAAACCACACUGACUUGAAUGAUUUUCUUUAUCCUUUUGUUUUUUCUUUAAUUAUUUGUUUUAACUGAACUACGGAAAUAGAGUAACUGAACCAAUGCCCAUCACUGGUUUAUCAAGAUUUCACCUCCAGAAAAUCAUAAUCUUCCCCUUCUGAAUUGGAAGUCAUGCUAGGCACAGUUCUACUACUGCAUUUACAGACAAUGAAGGAACAGGGUUCUUUUGUGAAACAAGCAUUGCUGGAUUUCUGGGAUGAGCUGCCUAACCACUGUAAAGGGGAAAGCCAGAUUGUUUUACCUCGACAGAUUUCUUUUUUUAAAUCUCAGCUACUGAGAUUAAAAAAGAGUGAAAACCUUAUACUAUUCAGGUAAGAGGAAUUUACAUUCCAAUCAUUUCUGUGACUGAUAAAAGUGUUCUCGUGCUCUAGUCAGGAAAGGCGCAAUUAAGAUAUCCAGCUAAAGGAAUUUUACAGCUCAGCUGUGCCAUGUGCUCAUACUUGCAGUCAUAAACACGUUUGUCACUAUCGUUAGACCAUAAGAGGGAUAUGGAGGGAAAAAAUAACCUAAGUAUCAGCAACAGUCAUAGAUUUUUUGUUCUAACUUCAGUUUGUUCUAAAAUCCCCUUCUCCAACAAGAGCAUCAUUUAAUCUUUAGCAGAGGACAAACCACUCCAGUCCUUUCACUAGAGUGUAAUGUUCACCAUGAAUCAGUAGAUACACUGCAGAUUUUUAUAGCCUCGAGAAGGAAUAUUCCCACCAUGUUAUUGGUACAAGGAUUACGGGAAAUAGAAAUUACGGGACAACCUAUUCUGAGACAAAAACUAGUUAAUCUUUAACUCAAAUAGUAAUCUAAAACAUUUCAUGUAUUUUCCUUACAGAGAUUGCUAACAGCAGUAACUCGAGGCUAUGAUGAAAGAAAAAAAAAGACUGGGACAAAGUUGAAUUUCCAGUUGAGCCAGUUCAUCUAAUAUGAAGGCUGUGAGACUGCAUGUAGCCAACAUAGCCACACUUUCAGUAGAUUCUCUGCAACUUGCCAUUAAAUUUAUUAUUAUUAUUAUUAUUUUUAAACAUCUUAGCUGUAAACACCUCAGAGUCUGGUAGGCUGACAGCUGAAUUGCCAAGUUUUAAAAUCCUAGUUAGAGCUUCAGAUCUCUCCAUUAAACACUUAGUAAAUGAUAGUUCUAGGACACAAAAAUGAAUUCCAAACCACUGGUAGUUUUCAGUGCUGAAUGUAGGAGAAAACGUCUCUUGAUAUUAUCAUACAUGAAGUGAGAGUUUGGGGUUUUGUGAAGCAGAAAAACCAGCAAGCUCUUGUGACUCUGCACACAAUUGUUUCUUCUCAGAUUUGCAGAUAUAAGAAGUCUGAACAGUUUGCAUUUUUAAAUCUGGUCACUUGUCCAAACUAACCUCAGAUUUUUACCUUUUUGUUGUUUCACCCAGCUGUGUGACCCAAUCUGGUCUUCUCGCCUAGCAGCUGGCACUGCAUGCUCAGGAAAGAACUGCUCUGGGAAGGUGUGAAUUUCGUCCUACUUCUCAUUUCCCUGUGCAAUCUGUUGAGGUGCAUCCUCACAAACUAUAAAGUCGCCUUAAUUUUUUUUUAUUUUUUAUUUUUUUUUAAUUUCAGAACCCAGGAACGGGUUUAUUAAUAUUAAAAAGCCCCAAGAGUUGCUUUCCUUUUCUUCAGCCAUGAUUCCAUCUUGCUUUCAGGAUCUGACCUGAUCUGCUUUGCUAUGAAAAAGAGUGCAAAUUAAAAUCACCACCCUACUACCAUCAUCCAAUUGCAACUGAAGGCACUCACAGUCUCCCUCCCAAACUAUCAGCUCAGGUCUUAGCAUUGGGUCAAGAUGUUAACUGUAGUACAUGAAAACAGAAAUGAAAGGAGUAUUAAUGUCCUCCAGAUGUCUAAGCAAUUUUUUUUGCUGAUAUAAGACUUGCCCUUAGAAACUCAUUCCAUUAACCCCAUCCUACGCCCAGGAUUUCUUUUUCAUCCUCCUUCUUAUAAAGCAGUCCUGGUAAACCACAGGCAGCUAGAUUUUAUUGUGAGAAUUCUUUAUAUCUGCAAAUUACUUAUUCUUUGCUCUUGUAAUACAUGCAUAGCAUUUGCUUACAUUACAUAACUGCAGAAGUACAUGUUCAUAACCAAACAUUGGAAGCCUGUGUUUGGUAACACCUGAUUCUCGUUCAUACCCGACCUUGAGUAUUGCAUUAAUACUUGCAAUAACUUUCAGUUCUGUGAGCAUGUGUACACCCUUAAAACCUCAUUACCUUCUACCCAGAAGUUCAGUGCUUUUCUUUUUUCAUGCAGUCAGACAGGAAAAGGCUGUCUAAGAAGCUUACCUGUUUGAAGGUAUUCACAUUCAACCUGGUUUUCUUUCCCAAGAGUUUUAGGAUUUGCACUGUGUGAAAUGCAUUCUUGUUUUGGGGAAUACAAUUUAUAAAGAAUAAGAAAAAUGAAUUCUGUAUACUAAAGCUUGCCUUUCCAUUGCCAUUUGAUUUACUAAUUUCACCAGGUGAUGCCUACAAACUGACUUUCAGGUGCUGUUUUACUCCCUCACACCAUCUGUUCAUGCAUUGGGUGCUAACAUAUAGUCUGUAUCAGCGAACAGAAUGAUGAACAUCUGUAUUUUCAACAUUCUGGAAGAUAAUUUUCUCUUUGCUAUGAAAGUGGUGAUGUGCUGGAGCAGGCUGCCCAGAGAGGUUGUGGAUGCCCCUGGAGGUGCUUGGGGCUGGGUUCGAUGGGGCCCUGGGCAGCCUGGUCAAGUAUUAGAUAUGGAGUUUGGUAGCCCUGCAUGCGGCAGAGGGGAUGGAGCUUCAUGAUCCCUGAGGUCCCUUCCAACCCAAGCCGUUCUAUGGCUCUGCAAAGCUCUAGCUUUAGGAAGUAGAGAAUAGCCAAACUCUACUGGUUUAGCUCAUAAACCAGAAUAGAGAAUGCAAGAAUCCACCGAUAUACGAUUUUUUUUAAUAUGAUUUUUUAAAGUGUAUGCACACAGAUGUCUAUAUGUGUAUUGCACAGUAUGUGUGUGUGUGCAUACAUAAAUACAUAGCAGUGUAUAUGCACUACACUAAGAAUAAUGAAGGGAUGUCUACAGAGCAAAACUAGGUAUCCAUUUCAUUCUAACUAGCGAUGGGUCUGAACCAAAAUCCUAGAUCCAAACAACAUUGCCUUUGGAAAGUUUGAAUCUGGAUUGGGUUGGCUUUUUUUGAGAUUUGUGGUUUAGUUUCAUCUCUGGUUACAGCUGUAGUUCCUUACGUGUAUACGCAUUGUGGGGGAUGUGUGUGCAUGUGCACAUGUGCUUAUCCACGUGUGCCUGCCUCUGUGGGUGACAAUGUGCGUGCCAGUAAGUGUGCACAUGUUUACAUAUGUACUUUCAGCUUUCGGGAACUGUAAUGUUACUGGUGUCAUCUUCACCUUCUCCUGGACAGUUCUGUCUACAGCACAUGAACACUUCCAUGGGUCACUUUCAACUCUAUAAAUCACUACAUUGAAGUAUUACAGUUGUACAGUUAUAUAUUUCAUCUAUACUUGCUCUGCUGUAACUUUUUACGUAUUUUGUACUUCAUAGAUUAUAUAUUGUGAUAAUGUCUAUACAGCAACAGUAAAAAAAGCAAAAAGGAAGAAAAUUAACAACUGUAAAGCAUCGUCUUAACAUGUAUGCAUGGUUAGUGACGUUUACAUUUUUCAAAAUAAAAUUUGUUAUAUGAAA